AAACAAUAAUUCUCCUACUAUUUACUUCUUCGUGUCACAUUUGCAGAGCUUCGAUAAUGUCGUUAAUGGCGUUAAUAAUUCGUCGGAAAAUUCAUCUACAUGGGCUGGCACAAAACCACAUCUUCAUACACAGGAAAGCUUUAUCGUCAAUAACGGAAAAGAAAAUCCAAUGUAUAGAGAAAAUUCUAAUUGCUAACAGAGGAGAGAUCGCUUGCAGAAUCAUGAGAACUUCGAAGAGAUUAGGUAUACGAACUGUCGCAGUUUACAGCGAUGCAGAUAAAGAUAGUCUUCACGUUAAAUCUGCAGAUGAAGCUGUUCGACUCGGGCCACCUCCUGCUCGAUUGAGCUAUUUGAAUGCUUCGGCUAUCAUUGAAGCUGCGAUUCGUACUGGUGCGCAGGCUAUCCACCCAGGCUAUGGCUUUAUGUCAGAAAGUGCUGAGUUUGCUCAACUAUGUGAAGCUGAGGGGCUUACAUUUAUUGGACCUUCCGCAUCUGCAAUAAGAGACAUGGGUGAUAAAAGUGCAUCGAAAAGGAUAAUGGGUGCAGCAGGGGUGCCAAUUGUUCCUGGAUAUCAUGGCAAUCAGCAAGAUAUUGACAUUAUGAAGUUGGAAGCAGAAAAGAUUGGAUAUCCUCUCUUGAUAAAGCCAACCCACGGGGGUGGAGGAAAGGGUAUGAGGAUUGUGCAAAGUCAAGAUGAGUUUGUUGAAUCCUUCUUGGGUGCACAACGUGAGGCUGCUGCUUCUUUUGGCGUUAGUACCAUUUUACUGGAGAAAUAUAUCACUCGACCAAGACAUAUAGAAGUCCAGAUUUUUGGAGAUAAACAUGGUAAUGUUGUACAUUUAUAUGAAAGAGAUUGCAGUGUUCAGAGAAGACACCAGAAAAUAAUUGAAGAAGCACCAGCACCAGAUAUUGCUAAUGAAUUUCGCUCCCACUUGGGUGAAGCUGCCGUUUCUGCGGCUAAGGCAGUUGAUUACCACAAUGCUGGCACUGUUGAGUUUAUAGUAGAUACAGACUCGGACAAAUUUUAUUUCAUGGAGAUGAAUACCCGUCUUCAGGUAGAGCACCCUGUGACUGAGAUGAUUGUAGGCCAAGAUCUUGUGGAGUGGCAGAUCCGUGUUGCAAAUGGAGAACCUCUUCCCUUGAGUCAGUCUCAGGUGCCCUUAAGAGGGCAUGCCUUUGAAGCUCGGAUAUAUGCUGAGAAUGUUCCAAAAGGAUUUCUCCCAGCAACAGGAAUCCUCCAUCAUUACCGUCCUGCCCCUGUUUCGCCAACAGUUCGAGUUGAGACCGGAGUUGAACAGGGAGAUGUUGUCAGCAUGCAUUAUGAUCCAAUGAUUGCUAAACUUGUGGUAUGGGGAGAAAGUCGGAAUGCUGCAUUGGUUAAGAUGAAAGAUUGCUUGUCAAAAUUUCAGGUCGCAGGCUUGCCAACCAAUAUCAAUUUCCUCCAAAAGCUUGCUAACCAUUGGGCAUUUGAAAAAGGUUUAGUUGAAACCCAUUUUAUAGAGCAUUUUAAAAGUGACCUUUUCAUUGAUCCAAAUGGUGCAAUGGUACAAAAGGAAGCAUAUAAUACUGCUAGAUUUGGUGCUGCCUUGGUUGCUGCUUGUGUUUGCAAAAAGGAGCACACUGCUUCAAAGGGAAGCCUUCCAGAGGGCAACAAUUUACUCUCAUUAUGGUAUGGUCAUCCACCUUUUAGGGUCCAUCACCCUGCAAGGCAUACAAUGGAACUUGAGUUAGACAAUGAAUAUGAUACCAGUGGGUCAAAGCUUUUGAAUCUUUCUAUCACUUAUUCGCCAGAAGGGAAUUAUUUUAUCGAGACAGAUGAUAGCAAUUUCCGUGGUUUAGAAAUCAAGGUCUUGCAACUAGGACAUCAUGAUUUCAGAGUAGAAGCCGACAGGUUAAGCAUGGACGUUUGUUUAGCUGUUUAUGCCAAGGGACGCACUAACCACAUUCAUAUAUGGCAUGGUAAGCAUCAUCAUUAUUUCAGACAGAGAAUAGGCAUUGGGCUGUCUAAUAAUGACGAAUCCGAGCAUAAGCCAAGUUUUGAGAUAGCAUCCCACCACCCUAAAGGGACUGUGGUGGCACCUAUGGCUGGUUUGGUGGUUAAGGUUUUGGUUAACGAUGGUGUGAAGGUGGAGGAAGGACAGCCUAUCUUAGUAUUGGAAGCAAUGAAGAUGGAGCAUGUUGUCAAGGCACCACGUGCUGGAAAUGUCCAUGGACUUCAGGUCACUAUUGGUCAGCAGGUCUUUGAUGGUGGUGUUCUAUUCAGUAUUAAGACUAGUGAGGAAGAUGGAAGGGUUGAGACAGCUGAGAAGGUCAAUGUUCAGGAGAGAGGCUUGGGUUCGCAGACAGCUGUUGGAAGUGUUAGUAACAAAGAUAUAUAUUUCAGAGCGGAUAAGAUAGCUUUGAAGAACUUGGAUUUGCAGCUGGAGAAGCACCUUAGCAGGGUUUGGUCAAAGGAGCAGCUGGCACCGAAGCCAAAGGAAGAGUGGGAAAUUGAUUUAUCUAAAUUGGAUAUAAGAUAUCUUGUAGCUCAUGGGACUUAUGGUACUGUCUACCGGGGUGUUUAUGAUGGCCAGGAUGUUGCUGUGAAGAUAUUGGAUUGGGGAUCGGAUCUUAUUGCCACAACAAAUGAAAUUGCUAGUCUUCGAGCAACGUUUCUACAAGAGGUUGCUGUGUGGCAUAAACUUGACCAUCUGAAUGUUACAAAGUUUGUUGGAGCUUCAAUGGGAACUUCAAAUCUUAAGAUUCCUUCGCAGAAUGCUUCAAGUGACUCUCAUAAUUCUCUUCCUUCUAGAGCUUGUUGUGUCGUUGUGGAGUAUCUUCCAGGAGGGACACUAAAGCAAUUUUUAAUAAGAAAUAGGCGAAAGAAACUUGCUCUUAAAAUCGUAAUUCAAAUUGCUUUAGACCUCUCUAGAGGUUUGAGCUACCUACAUUCCAAGAAGAUUGUACAUAGGGAUGUUAAGACCGAAAAUAUGUUGCUAGAUUCUGAUAGAACGCUAAAAAUCGCAGAUUUUGGUGUUGCUCGUGUUGAAGCUCAAAAUCCAAGAGACAUGACUACUGAAACCGGAACCCUUGGGUAUAUGGCCCCAGAGGUACUCGAUGGUAAACCUUAUAAUAGAAGAUGUGAUGUGUAUAGCUUUGGUAUAUGCUUGUGGGAGAUUUAUUGCUGUGACAUGCCAUAUGCCGAUCUUAGUUUUUCUGAAGUCUCAUCUGCCGUGGUUCAACAGAAUUUACGGCCAGAAAUCCCUAGAUGUUGCCCAAGCUCAUUGGCCAAUAUCAUGCGAAGAUGUUGGGAUGCAAAUGCAGAAAAACGCCCUGAAAUGAAUGAAGUGGUGAGACUGCUAGAAGCAAUUGAUACAAGCAAGGGAGGAGGCAUGAUACCUGAAGACCAGAAUCGUGGUUGUUUCUGCUUUAGCACUGCCCGUGGUCCUUAAUUCUCUUCUCUUUUUUCUCAUAUGUUGGUAGGUGAAGCAAUAGGGCAAUUGAUCAAUUCUCCUGAUGGUUUGCAUUGUCGUGAAAUAGCUUUUCACAAUCUCAAAUUGGUAGCUUGCCAAUUAGGCUCUCAUCAUCUUACCCAAAAAAAACAAAAAUUUAGGCUCUCAUUGUAUAUAUACAAUAAGAUUCUGUUGAUCAUCAACAUAUGAUCAUUAAACAAUGCCAAAAGGAAGCUGAUUCUGUUUUGGAACACUCUUUGGAUGGAAAGUGGUGAAUCUGAGCAUCGUUUGGAUGCAAAGUAAAAUGAAAGGGAAAUGAAGUGAAAUAAAUUUAAAAAGAGAAGGAAAAUUUUAUAAUCA